GAAUACUACUUGAGAGUUGGGGAGUUCUCGUUGACCUUAUCACCCUGAUCGUUGGAAGAUAAGAUAACAAUGGCUGGAGAGUCUGAAACUGCAUCUUGGAGAAGUGAACUCGCAAAGGUUGAUGUCUGGUAUGCAUCUUUCGGAUCCAACAUGUGGAAACCGAGGUUCCUUUGCUAUAUCCAAGGAGGACAAGCGGCGGGAAUGAAGAAGGCAUGUGUUGGUGCAAUGGAUAAAACUCCACCGAAGGAAACAACGUGGAGAACGUUUCCAAACAGGUUGUUCUUUGGCCGUGAAUCCACAGUUACUUGGGGUAAAGGAGGAUCUGCUUUCCUCAACCCUCUUACUAGUCCCAGUGAUCAAUCUCACAUGUGUUUCUACAGAAUCACGCUUGAGCAGUUCAACGAUGUUCUGUUUCAGGAAAACGGCAUGAAAGUGGAUUCUGAGACUCCCCUCUUUGAUCUAUCUGCUCUGCAGUUAGUACAGAACAAUGGAUCCAUCCCACUUGCUAAAUCUGGUUGGUAUGGUAACGUUGUCUGCGUGGGAAAAGAAUCAGGCAUACCUAUACUUACAAUGACAUGCACACUUUCUGUUCUUGAGAAGUUUAUAUCAGGUGAGGUGCCAUUAAGACCUCCUGCAAAAGCCUAUGCCAACAGUUUGGUAAUGGGACUUGUUGAAGGAGGAAGACUCUCUGAAGAAGAAGCUUGGGCUUACAUAGACAAUGCUGCUUCUAAACCUCUCUAAGAUUGUUUGGAGCUUUCAGGUUUCUGAGUUGUUUGUUUACUUACUACUAAAACCACAUGGUUUAAUAAAAGAUUGUGUCUUUCUCUUUGAGUGUGGUGUUAUGCAAACUAUGUAUGUAUCUUUAUUGUCAUAUCAGACCACAACAGUAGCUGAAACAAUCUCAAGCUACAAAAUUUAUUUUAUGCAAAAAGCAGAUUGUUUCUACAUAAA